GUCUCUACGGUCUACGAGGUGGUGGUAAUACGAAUGUUUAACGUGUUGCAUGUUUUUGUUGGGUUUGAUGCUCAUAUCGAUCUUCUUACUUAGUUUCCGUUUGCUGUGUGUAUACCCAGUAAUCUCAUCUAUCUGUGUUAACCAACCACUAAGUUUUGGAGAGAACUGUUCUUAUGUAUGUCACUGUUUGGAAGAUGCAUGUGAAGCGACUUGGAACAGCGUUGGGUGUAAAUUUGGACCUUGCAGUCCUGGUUAUUUUGGUUUUCCCGCUUGUCAAAAUGCAUGUCCUACUGGUACUUUUGGUCUAAAUUGCUCACAGAAUUGUAAUUGUGAACCACAGAACCUUUGUAAUCAUAUUAAUGGGGUAUGUAUUAACGGGAAUAAAUGUGGCAAAGAUUUCUACGGGGCUGCAUGCACUAAAAUUCGAACCAAAAUGAUUUUCCCUCCUAGGGUUUACAGUGAUUGUGAGUACCUUCAUAUUUCAUGGCCAGCUUUUAAUAGCAGUUACUAUAUUGGGUCAUCAAAUAUUGUUAAGUACACAGUUUUGUUCAGGUCUGAAUCAACAAAUCUUUCAGUAUACCAAUCAGUCAAUGCAACGUCCGCUCAUGAAAAUAAUUACACCAUCAAAUUUACUCAUGACAAUUCACUUAUCCCUUUCGUGUUUUCCGUUAGGGCUGAUUUUCUAGUCUCGAUUGUAACUGAUGAAUACAUCGUUGAAGGUGUUCCGAGCCCUGAAUCAUCCCCUCUGGAGAUUAAAUGCCCAGCUCUUCCAUAUGUUUCCGUUAUGCCGAAUAACAACUCAGUGAAUAUUCGUUGGAAUGAUCCGCAGAACCCUUCAAUUCAAAAUGUUUUUAUACAUGCUACAUUGAUUGGAAUCGGUGACUGCUUCAGUUUAUCACCAUCAGACUAUCUGAAUUACACUAAAACAGUGAAUAUUGGAGUCAAAGAUAUUCAAUUGCAAUUAGAUUACUGGCGGCGUUAUAUUGUUACAGUUUAUGGUUUGACAUCUAGUGGUAUUCCCACCAGUCCCUCAACUACUACUAUUAUGACUUCAUUUGAGAAUCCGAGCGGUCCACCUAUGAACUUACGUCAACUGUCUCAAUCGAAUCAAUCUGUUAAUGUGACGUGGGAUAAUCCUUUAUGUAGUCAGCGAGGUGGACCACUAGAAAUGUAUUUAAUUAAUAUUUCAACAGUAUCGUCAGUUGUAACACCAACUACGUUAGCGAAUUCAAAAAAUAUGCCACCUAUUCAAAUUAACAAUCUUACACCUCAAAUUGUAUAUACGUUACAAGUGGCUUAUAAAAAUCCGGUGGGUGUUGGACCUUCAAGUCAAUUAUUUAUUUCUCUUAAUCGAUCGGUUUCAAAUCAACCAACUUCAUUAAGUGUACAAUAUUGUGGUAUGAAUUCAUGUCGGUUAACAUGGCUUCCACCGAAAGAAGGUUAUGAAUGGGGUACAUUAAUUGAAUAUCGUGUCUUCUAUUGGAAACAGGUGACACCAAAUUUAGUUAUUAAUAUCACAGUACAAGCAAAUGUUCAAGACUGUUUAUUAUCACAGUUGGAGAGUGGGACUAUCUAUUAUGCAAAAGUUCAAAGUGUAUUUACCUAUGGUUCUGCGAGCUCAGAGAUUAUAACAUUUAAUACAUUAACUCAGUUCAGUGUUCAAUUAGUCAAUCGCUCAUAUUCAGAAAUUAUGAUUCAGUGGAAUUUCAAUCAAAUAGCAUCAAUGUUUACUAUCUCUGUAGAAAUGAUUGAAACACUACUUCCAUUUACUCCAGUAUUUUCGAAAAGAAUUUUUAAUUUGUUAGAUGGUAGUAGUGGUGUUCAUCUAUAUAAAAUUUAUAAUUUACCUGCUAGUUCUCAAUUUCGGAUUAUUGUAGAUGCGAUUGGAACUAACAAUACAUCAAUCGGAUCUUCGUUUUUGAAUGUAUGGACAAGUCCUUCUCCAUUUCAAAAUUCAAGAAAUUUUACCUUUAAUCCAAUAGUUCCAGUAUUCAAUGGUUCAUUAUUAGUGAAUGUAAAAUUUCCAACAUUCAGUGGUUAUGAAGGUGGUCCAUUAAAUGGUUUCUAUAUUGUUGUUGAGAAAAGUUCAAAUAUUAAUCGUAAACGACGUUCGGUUUUGAAUCAAACACAACUUGGUUUAUCAAAUGAUGCUAAUAUUGUUUAUUAUUCCAAUGUCAAUAAUCCAUCAGAGAUUAUUAUCAUAGGAUCUGGUCAAGUGUUUGAUUCUUCAAAUUUGUCGAUUGGCAAAAUUGGUUAUUCGAAUCCAUCAUUGGAACCAAAUCGUACUUACACAGUUUAUGCAAUCAUUCAAAGUGAAGUAGACGGAUCAAGCGAAAUCACACGUUCACCUCCUGUAGUAUUUUUAACUGGUAGUAAUAAUACUAAUAUUAGUGGUAGUUCAAUUAUCCCAACAUCUACUUCGAUGAAAAACAAUCAAACUGAUUCUAAUAAUACACUUGCUAUCGUUUUAGGAAUUCUAUUAGCUCUUGUUCUCUUAGCUUUGAUUGGAUUAAUCGUUUAUUAUAUUUGUCGAAAAAAUUGUCAGUCUGGUCAAUAUGUAUUUCGAAAUUAUUCAAAAGAUUUACAUGUAUCUUUUGAGAAAAAAUCUUAUUUAUUGCCUGAUUCUUAUGCUUGGUGGAGUGUACCACGAGAGUUAGGUGAACCACGAUAUUUAAUCAUUGAUCCAGAACAUGGACCUACAAGUACAUUGAUUGGAACAUGGUCUUUGAAUGAAUUAUUAAAAACAUUUUCACGUGAAUAUUCAAGUAUUCCAUUAGGUGUGAAAUUUUCUCAAUCCAUUGGUAAUUUAAAAAUGAAUCUAUCAAAAAAUCAUAGUCAUACAAGUUUACCUUAUGACCAUAACCGUGUUAAAUUGAACCGGUUAAAUGAUUCCUCUCAAACUGAUUAUAUUAAUGCCAGUUUUAUUGAUGGUUAUAUGCGUAGACGUGCUUAUAUUGCUACUCAAAGUCCAUUUGAUAUGCUUACUAUACAAGAUUUUUGGCUGAUGAUAUUUCAAUGUAAUGUUGCACAAAUUGUAAUGCUUACCAAUUCCAUUGAAGAUUCAACACUUAAAUGUUGUCAAUAUUGGCCUGAAAUGCCAACACGAUCUAACACUAAUCAAUCGGAUUCAAAGUCUACAAUUCAAUAUUUUGGCAAUAUUAUGGUAGAAAUAAUUAAUCGAAUUGAUUAUCCUCAUUUUACUGUAAGAUACUUUAUUGUAACUGAAUUAUCAUCGAAUAUAAGUCAACAAGUUACACAAUAUCAAUUUUAUAGUUGGAUAACACCUGAUCAUGUUAAUAAUAUAUCACCAUAUUUUACAAAUAUUGAUAAUACAGUUGAAAAUGAUCGUAAAAUGAAUUUAUUAUCUAAUAGUAAUUCGUCGAAAAAUUCACAAGAUUUAUUCUGUCAUACAUCAACUUAUGGAACAAUAUUUAAUCGAUUAAAUUUUAUAGAAUUUUACUAUCGUGUUAAAACUUCUAGUCGUCCAGAAGAUGGUCCACUACUUGUUCAUUGUUCAACAGGUUUAUCUCGUACAGGAUUGUAUAUAGCAUUUGAUUUAUUACUACAACAGGUUACACAUGAACGUGUUGUCAAUGUGGCAAAAUUUUGUUCAUCAUUAUGUAAAGCUCGUUCGAAUAUAAUUCAUUCAAUGAGACAAUUCACAUUAUUAUAUGAUUUAUUAUUUGAGGUUAUAUUAGCUGGUCAUUGUAUUGUUGACUUGGAUGUGCAUAGUACUUAUAAAAUGUUAUGUCAUAAGAAUACAAAAAUUAAUCGAUCUUAUUUAUGGGAACAAUGGUCUGUAUUACAUUUAUACACACCAUUAUUUGAUACAAAUGAGGAGUUACAAGUUGCUUUGAAUUCUUUGAACUUAUACAAGAAUCGUUACCCUAAAAUUAUUGAUCUACUUCCAUCUGAACGUUGGCGUGUUCGGUUACACCGUACAACAACAACAAAUAAUAAUAAUUCGCAAACUUCAAAUUACAUUAAUGCUGUUUAUUUAGAUGGUGCAAGUCUACAAGAUGAUAUUAUUUUAACACAAACUCCUUUAAAAAAUACUGUAGAUGAGUUUUGGUUUAUGGUUGAAGAAGAACAAGUUUCAUGUAUUAUUGAUAUGCAACCAUUUUCUUAUGGUGUUGAAGAAGCUGUCCGAUACUGGCCCUUACGUCCUGGUGAAAAUAUCUCAUAUCCCAUGUUUGAUGGUUCAUCCAAUGAAGAACAAAAUAAGACUGACAUUCAGUCAGAUUUUAGUGAAACACGAUCAUUUCGACGUGGACCAUGGUUAGAUUUUGCUGGUGGACAAAUACAAAUAUGUCAACUUGGUUCAUUAAUUCCUGUUCGUAUAAAUCCACUUUCCCCGAAAAGAAAUUCUAAUCAUGAAAUAUAUAAAAGACGUUUGCUCAUUCGUCAACGCGAAGCCAGUCAUUUAAAACAAUACAGCUAUCAACAGUUUAGUAAUGAAAAAUCUAAACCCCGUGAAGUUUUAGUCUUCCAUUUUACCGGUGGUUGGAAUACUAAAAUGGAUGUACCCGAAUCACGUAUAGCAAUUGUUCGUUUAUUAGAAAAAGUACGCUUAGAACGUGGUACGGGUCCAUUGAUUAUUCAUUGUUUAAAUGGAGCUACUCGAAGUGGUCUAUUAGCUGUAUGUUACUUAUUGGCAGAAAAUAUAACAAGAGAUCACUACGUUGAUCUAUUUCAUGUUAUAAAAAUGAUUAAAAUACGUAGAAAAGCCAUUUUAGCAUCACCGGAUCAACUACGUUUUGUGUAUCGUUUCUUAAUUCAAUGGAUUAAAUAUACAUUAGCUGAGCCAUUGGCCAAUUGGACAGUAAGACGAUCUGGAUUGUCUAUGCCAUUCUCAUUAUCAGAGGCUGUAUUGAAACAACAAUGGGAAUGGUCACAACAACUUGUUGGUCAUUUACCAUCAGAUUCACGUAUUGGUAUAUUCUCACAUAGUCAAUUGCCAAUAUUAGGAGCAAAUCAUUUAGGAAGUGCUACAUUGAAUAAUGAUCAACCAUGUAGAAUGAGUAGUCGCAGUAAUGAUUCACAAUCUACACAUACUAACGAAGAUUAUGACACAACUGAAAUACCAAUACUUUCAACAUUGUAUCAUUAUUUCAAUGAUGAAAUUUUAGGUAAUCCAAAUUUAGAUUAUCAUUUACAAACUAAAUCAAUAAGGAACAGUAUUAAUAAUCCUUAUUGUUACUGAUCCAAGUUAGUUUGACUACUUGUAAUACCACUACUGAUGUUUUAUAUCACUGAAAUCGAUAUUCUUAUCUUCCUUUAUCAUGUCAACAUACAUAUAUCUUAUGUUUUAUUACUGAAAUAAAACAGUUUUAUCACUUCGCGAAUAGUAUUCAUUUGUUUGUUUAUUUUUUUAAAAAGGAAAAUAUAAAAUCGCUUUUUUUUAUCAUAUUUAAGGUAUUUUAUUAUUACACAAAAAAUCUAUACUUUCUAUUCUAUACACUAUUUCUUCUAUUACAUUCAUAUUCCAAGUGAUUGAAUUAUAUGAACCAAAAUACAGUAUAUUAUUAUAUUGAAUAUUAGUAAAGAAUACGGAUAGAUAUAUAAUGGAUUAAAGAGUUUUUCCUCUUUAUUUAAAACAUUAUGAUUGUCCCAUCAUUAUUUUAGUACCGUGUCUUAUAUAUAUGUAUUUAAUUUUAGUGUGUGUACAGCACUAUGACAAUCAAACAUUGAGUUCUUAAUUGUGUUUACAGUUUUUGAUUGGUCAUAUUCUCUUUCUUUUAAGAUUUUGUAUUACAGGUUUGUUUCAGUAAUAAGAAUAUUAUAAAUACAUAUGUUAACAUGAGGAUGUAAGUAGUGGGGGGUAUAAUUUAAAAGUCAUUGUCUUUUAAUUAUAGAUAUUUUGUUAAUAAUAAUGAAUUGCGAGUAUACAAUAUUGGAUUUUUUUGUCUAGAUGAUAAACAAAGAGAUAGAUAAGUAUUCAAUGUUCACCUUAUUUAAAUGUUUUUAUUUUUAGUUAUUUGGGAUCAAGAUCAGUUUUAUUACUUAUAAGUAUUAAGAUGUAGCUCAUAGUAUGACAAUCAGUGGUAUUCAUGUUUACGUAAUUCAUUUUGAUUACUUAUCUUUACAUAUUCUAUGUUUUCAAUUUUUGAUGCCCUUAAACUCUGUUGUAUUGUUGUUACUUUAAAAUGAAAUUUUCUUUUUGGUGAAUGUUCAAGUAUUUACAGUCUUACUGUAGGAAUCAUAAUAUUUUUAUUAUAGUGACAUGGAGUGAUUAUUAUUCUUAUAGUGUGUGCACGUACAUAAGUUUAAUGACCUGAAUUGAUUUCUUCGUCUGGAACAAGAAUUCUUAAAUAUUUAUGUAAUAUAUUAUUUUUCUGUUAGUGAGUAAUCGCAAGGUUCCCGGUUUUCUUGACCGCCAUUAUUACACAAUCAGUAUCAUUGUACUUUUUACUUUCAUUUUCUUUAAAGCUCACUCUUUGGCCUUUUUCGUCUACAAGACAGUAUUACACUUCAGGUUUAUUGUGUACUGUUGGUUAGGUGUCCACUCUUGUUGAGUUCGUGACACACCAUAGUCAUGUUGGUUUGGUGGGUAUUAUGAUUUUUUAUUUAUUGAAAAUAAAAUGAUUAAUUAUAACUCUCGUAAUACUUAUUCCUUAUUCUAUUUAAUAAAAGUUUAACAUUUCGAUUCA